AUGAGUGGUAUACAGGAUCUAAAAUCCUCCAAUAUAGCACCGUCCGAGAAUCAGCUACAGUUGACACAUAUCCUGAGCUCUGAUCAACCACUACCGAACCAAAAUCAUAUUGAAUCUCAAAAAUCACCAAGGCCGGAAGUAGAUGCAGGAUUGAUACUCGAUGAGGAGCUAAAUAUGUUACUCACAACUUCUCAACCACAACAAGAUAAACUCGAGGGGCACUCUAAAAGUGAACCACAAGAUUUGAACAUGGACAUCAAGGAGCUGUAUAUUGGGAGCUCAAAAACCGUGAGUGGUUCCCAGACCCCAAAUUUGAAACCACUAACGAGCCCAAAGAGCGGAGAAAUAGGACCAUUGAAACAGGACCUAAUACAGGACAAUAGUGCAAACAAAUCCCGGCAUACAACAGAAAAAUUAAAACGAGUGAUUACGCAUCAAGAGCAAGAUGCUGAAGAGCUGGUUUCAAAUUCACGAGUCUCUGCGUACGCUAGGCUAGACUUUGAAAAUAAUGUGUUUUAUGUUCAGACCUUGCAGGUCGUAUUAGGUAGAAAAUCGAAUGACGAAUUUAUACAACAAGAUGUGGAUGUGCACUUGUCAGAAAGGAAAGCAAUUUCGAGAAGACACGCCAAGAUCUUUUACAACUUUGGAACUCAAAGGUUUGAGAUAUCGGUGUUGGGAAAAAAUGGGGCGUUCGUAGAUGAAACAUUUGUUGAAAAGGGUGUUACGAUACCUCUCAUAGAUGGGGUCAAAAUUCAAAUUGGUGAUAUAUCAUUUAGAUUUGUCCUACCUGCACCCCCGAAUGAGACCCUUGAUCAACAAAACGGACCCAAGCAAUUUAAUCCGAGUGAUGCCAUUAAUUUAAAGUCUAAUUUGUUUUCCAAACCCCCUAUGGCAAAGGACUCGCUCAAAAAGCUGCUUGAUUCCGAUAGUCAUCAUGAUAAUAAAUUGUCGUUACGUAAAAAAUCAAUGAGCAGACGAGAUUCUCUUUUGAGAAUAAGGAAAUUAUCCAAUGCAAGAAGGAAAUCGGCUGCGGCCAACGACGAACUAAAUGAAUUGUUGAAAGAUUUGGGAGUUACUUCUAUUGAAAAUAUCAAUGAGGAAGAAUCAGAUUUGCUUGAUGCGCAAAUUCAAAGUCUAUUAAACGAAGAUAGUGAAUUAGGGCUUGGUGAUGGCAUGAUCAGUCUUGCUCGCAUGAACGAAUCUGCCAUUGCAGAUGAUGAUGACGAGUUCGAUUUGGUCAAGGGAAUAGAACAAGACGCAAAAAUGGAGAAAGAAAUUUUGGAAAUUGAUGCCAGCAUAAAUCAACUCAAUCGAGAAAUUGCCGAGUUGGCAUCUCAAGGUGGCAAUGAAAGUCUAAUAAUUGAAAAAGACGAGUUGCGAAAGAGUUUGGAAGAAACGAAAAAACAGAAAAAGGAUCAUAUUUCUCAGCGCAGGUCGUCUUUUGUGAAAAAUGCCGGACCUUUGCGUUCAACCCCUCUUAUGGGCAAGCCUGCCUCCAUCCAGCCAUCUUCAUCUUCCACGCUUUACAACAGGUUUGGUACAUUGGACAAGUCCUUGCCAUUUUUGACAAACUCCGCCAUGCCACAAGCAAUAUUACCAAAAUUGGAAGCACCUGUAUUCUUAAUAACUUCAGAACCAGGAGCUAUUCGAACGCGACCUCCACCGCGUGCCAUUGCUGUGGAAGAUCAUUUACAUCGUGCAUCCUACUAUUAUCCAAAGACUCUAGAGCAACAAUCUCAAUUCCCUAAACCAAAGGGGAAGAAAAUAAUACCUCGAAAAACUCCCAAAAGGGUCUAUUCUAUUGAAGAAAUACCUGAGCAAUACAGGUCGAAGCCAAAUUUGACAUUCACUUCAAUGGCUAGUAAUGUAUUGAGCACGGGAGCUGCUAGCAAUGGACUAACCAUAAAUGAAACCAUCGAAGCGAUCAAGGAAGUAUAUCCUUACUUCAAAUACUGUCAGGAAGGUUGGCAGGCUUCCGUCGCUCAUUGCAUAAAAAACACCAAAAUUUUCAAACGUGUUGUCAAGAGAGGCUACGAAUGGCUUUACACUAUGGACGAGCCGUACAAGAGCGAGAGGGAUUCCGUUAAAUCCAAGCACAAGGAAUACAUGGAUGAGUUGAUGAAAGCUGAAAUUCUCAGGCAGCAGGAAAUACGCCAGAACCAAAGAAUAGGGCAAUAUGAACUCAACAAUAAAUUGUACACAAAUAGAAAUACGCAGCCACCAGUUUCCAGACCCGUUCCUCCAGUUCAAUAUGAUCAUGGCGUGCAAUCAAACAGUGGGCAGGUCAAAGCUUUUCCCCAACUGCCGGUCGCUACUCCUCAGCCCUCUGCAUCGAUAAAUGAUGCUAAAACACAAAAGUCCUUGGACUAUUUGAGAGCUGAAUUGUUCAAAUUGUACAAGUCACGUAAUGUAUCUUAUGAUAAAGUGGCCGCCACUCAGCUUAUCACGAAAGCGUUAGCAACAACAAUAGCCCAAGUGAACAAUAUCGGAGCUAAGGCAGGGUGUGGUGACAACGCGUUGAAUUUUUUGGUUGAAAAAGCCCCACAACAGGUGAGUAAAAUUUUAGACAUUGCUUUGACAAAGUCUAUCAAGGAGCACGAAGGUGGUCUAGCAUCUGCUAGAAGUACACCCUCUAGAAGCAGUCCUGUGCCAGCUCCUUCAUCACUGGGCCAACAGACUUACCAUACUGCUCCUGGAAAUCAGAGCCAGUCAAUUAACCAUCCUAUUACAGGGGCACGACCCCAGAGCUCACCUAUCUUUGAAUCCAACAACUUAUUGCGGCACUCGUCUCCAGAAAGUUCUCUGGGUCAAAAUGCGAAUACACCUUCACACACGACUCCCUUGCAGAAUACAAACUCGCCCCCUAAAGCGGUGGCAGGGCCAAAAACGGAGACCCUGCCUUCUCCUCGUCGACCAGUGAAAUCAACUCCCGACCCACCAUUAUCACGACCACUGUUUGGAAAGCCUCCCAAUUUGGGUAGACCUGGAUCUUAUGCUAGACCUCAAGCUUACGGUAAACCACCGGGGGUAGGAAACAGUCUUUCUCGACCUCCAACAUUCUUAUCAAAUAAACCGUCUUUUCAUUCUGGAGUCAAAAGAGAGACGGAUGCUGAUAAUUACGAUAGCGGCCAGCCGACGAAGGCUGCAAAGACUCAGUAA